AUGACGCAAGAAGAAGUGCCGCUACCGUCGAAUCGGUUCACCACCUGCUGCCGGCUGUGUCUGUCGGCGGACGAGCUUAGCUGCAGCUUGUUCCCGACGCAUCCGGAACGGGCGACCGUCGGUGCUGAUCAUCAUAUCCACCGUCACAGGCUGAUCGAGAUGAUACUGGAGUGUACCUCGGUUCAGAUAACCUUGGAGGAAGACUACCCGGCAAAGGUCUGCAAAAAGUGUGUCGAAACGGUGGACACAUUUUAUCAGUACCGGAGGCGCUGUCUCGCCAACGAUCAAAUACUGCGGCUAGAGCGACAGCGAGCGGGAGGACAGCGGAAGAACAACAAUAACAAUGUGGACGAGGGAAACAGGUCGUCGUCGACACCGGCACCUCCAGUGCCGACCGUGCGUCGAUCAUCCCCACCGGGCAAUGGCGAAAGCAGUCAACACCAACAGUCGCAACAACUUCAACGUUCUUCAUCACCGGGGCCACCGGUGAUGGUAGUACCGACAAUUAGGAUUAAAAGUGAACCACUACCGCUGGAACAGCGGAGAACAAGCUUAGAGGAUGUAAAACAGGAUGUGGAACCGUAUCCUCCUACGAUAGAGCAACACGAUGCCGCAUCCACGGCAGAGGGUGGUAUGUCAUCGAUAUUGCGAAGUAUACUACUGCAAACGCGUGACUCCACUACGAGCCGAUCCUCACCCAACACGGAACCGGAAUCACCCCGGCAAACGCCCCAAUUGCUUCCCAUCCAUCCGCCGCCCACGUUCUCGUGCAACGAAGAGGACCAACCCGAACAGGAAGAUGAGGAAAGGGACAUUAAACCCUCGCUUUUGCAGCAAAUGUUGUUGCAGCAACAAUGCACAUCCCCUGCCAAUCGUUCGCCCGCGAAACUAGGUGACUCCAACACCACCACCACCGGUGGACAGGAAGGAUCUUUAUCGGGAUGCACCAUCAAUAACAGUUCCACGACAACAUCUUCCCUGUUGAAGCGAAUGUUGCUUGAUGGCAGUGGGACAAUGGCCGGUAAUGUCGCACCCGAGCAAACCACACCACAACCGCCGGCAUCCGUGUCACCGCUAGAGGGGACGAGCUGUCAGCCGCCACGUACUCACCAUCGCACCAAACAUGAACCUCCGAGUGCCACCAACACACCGUCCCCACCAUCGUCCGUCCAGCGGACGAAGGAAGAUGUGCCUUCGAACGAGACGCCCCUGGCAUCGCAACUGCGCUCGAUACUGCUGCAGCACCGGGCAACGAGCUGGGCACGGACCGCCUCCAUGUCGGAUGUGUCACCGGAACUGGCACCGCCGUCACACCAUCCACACACCGGUUCCGAUUCCGACCAAAAAACAACCACCGGUCCUAACCCGGAAAAGCCGGAAGUAUCUUACGUAAGAAGUUUGUUCCUGCGCAACGAUUCCGACUCGGAGAGCGAACCACCGCCGGUCGAUGAUCAGCGGGAGAUGUUGCUGUACGCAAUGUUUCACGAACUACGGGCACGCCAACAGCAGCAGCAGCAACAACAGUCCGGGCUGUCAACCGACUCGGAUGAUGAUUCGGAUGAUCUGCCGCAAGAUUACCGGAUGCCAAGUGUGCGACGACGAAGCACGGAUUCGGUGGAAUCGCGCAGUAAACGGCGUCGGAUGGAAUAUCCUUGUUUGCUAUGCGGACGUACAUUUGCCGGGCGGACCAAGCUGGUACUACACAUGCGUACCCACAUGAUGCUGGACGGUGCAGCGGAUGGCGGUUCUCCUCUGUCCGGUACGGCAGGCUCCGGUUUAAACACAGUGCCACCUGCCGGCACUCACAGCCUGCUGUCCGGUGUGUUAUUACCGAACGGUGCUAGUAGUGAUGUGGACGAUGUUGCUGUGGGCCGAUUAGUGGCGACCGCCACUCGCCACAACGAUGAAGCAUUCGGCGACAGUGUCGUCGGCAAUGAAGACGAAAUCGAUGCGCUCGAGCGGCGAUCGUACGCGUGCUAUAUCUGCGGUGCGGACCAGAACAAUCUGCACCAGCUAAAGGAACAUCUGCUCGCGGCACAUCAGGAUAGGAUACGGUCGCGUGGACGGACGCGCGAACGGCAAAAAGCGUCGAUCGCUUGCGAGAUCUGUCAGCGCCAGUUCCGCAGCCAGUUUGCGUACGGUGAGCAUAUGCGGACGCACACCGGCGAACGGCCGUUCCCGUGCGAUCAGUGUGAUAAACGGUUCCCGCGACGGUUCCAGCUGCUCGGCCAUCUGUACAACGUGCACAAGCAGUCCUGGGUAGCGGACGAGUCAAAAGCCAAGUUUGCGAAAAAGUGA